UUCAUCUCAAUCAUAAACUUUUUAAAAUAUAUCUUACUGAAGGUUGGGGGUUGAUAGCUAUCUCGUUUACCAAAACUGCCUUUAAUCUUUAGGCCAUCCCGACGGUUACAUCAAAAAUUAUUUUGCCAUGUGGCAGUGGAAACGUAAGGCAAUAAUGUAUGCAGCACGUGAACAAAUGAGCUCCCUCAAUAAUUUCCAGCUGCAAUUAUCAUGUUAAGUCCUAUGUAACUUUUAGUAUACUAGUAAAAUAGAAUAAAACAUGAUACGUUUAGCUUUUUAGUUUCGGUUCAAGCUAUUUUGCCCGAGGAGGCUGCGGGUGGUGAAAUCUCGCGCGAUUGAAAAGGUCAGAAGUAAAUGGAUUUAUUGCGUAAUGUUUACUUCUUGGAAAAAAUAAAAUUUAAAAGGAAGUACCUAAAGCAACAUCAUAACAAAGAGCAACUUGUUUAAGAUAGGAUUUAAAUAUUGAUCUAUUUCUUAGCUUGUUUAUGAUAAAUGAUACCAUUUAUGAAAAGUGUAUUAUCAAUUUGAAAUAAACGAUCUAUGUAAACUGAUUGAAUUUUUGAUACAGCUGUUCAAAAACAGUUAUCUCUGUUUGUCUUUUGCUGCCUGACCUUGACCUGCGUCCUUGACCUGUUUUUCCUUCAGUCUCUGGGUAGUAACUUAAAUUUUUUCAUGAUUUCUCUCUGUUGGUAAUCAAGCAACAUAAAAGCAAUCAAGUGGAUAUUAGCAAUUUUACUACCAUCCAGUGAUUGAUUUAAAUAUAUAAAAUAUAUAAAAAUUACAAAAAUCAUAUAGAGUGAAUGAUAAGCACCAGUGAGGUAGAAUAUGUUUUUUUGGCUGUAAACACCUUCAACCACCUUAUACGUAUAUAUAUGAAGUUAGCAUAAGUAAGUUGUGACAAUAAAUUUGCAUCCUCAUCUCAGCUUUUUAAAAAAGAGUCUAGCAGUUAUAAUACCCAAAAAAUCAUGGUACACUUGCAAGUUUUGCACCCCUCCUCCUUCUAACCAUCUUUAAACAUGAAUUUCAGAGCUUUGAUGUUUUCCUAUACCUACUGGUUGUUUAUUUUAUCUAGUAAUCUCUUUAAGUACAUAACUUUGUGUAAGACUAGCUGUUAUAAAAUGAUAUUGUUAAACAAGUAGUUUUAUUUGAAAUAAUCUAUUGGAACAAAACAAUUUUAUGAUACUGAAUGUAUUAUGUCAAUAUUAAGUCACUAUCGAAGCAAGUGUUAGUCCCAUAUACAAUUAUCAUUACUAAAACAAAGCCAUUGCACUUUUUCAGCCAAUAACUGUAACCUAUGGGUCCAACUUCAUUGUCAACUGCUGUCUAUCUUUGAAUUAGAUACCACUUCUACUUUGUGCAAUGAACAGCUGUCUUCUUGAGUAACCAUAAAGCCCUUUGGUUGAUUGGACCUAAUCCUUUGGAAUAGACAUUAAGCCAAAAGAUGCUUAUCCCAUACGUUGAUUAAUUGUGGAGGAAGGACAUGGUCUUUUUUACAAGUAUUUCGCCUGUCAGCUGAGGGGUCAAUGAAGGCUCAAUAGAUGCAAAAUGGAUACCAAACGACCCACUACUUUAAGAAUAGAAUGGUUCCUUGGAAAUUUAGUUGAGUUGGUGUUUCUUUUGUGUUGAGAAAGGGGGGAUUGUUAAAAGGACCAAGAGCCUAUGCUAAAAGACCACAGUUAAUAUUGCAGUUUGAAGGGCUAUAAGGUUUACAGUAUUCUAAGUUGAAAAAUGGCUCAGUUCAUGCGUACCUUUUAGGAAUUUUUUGGGGCCCAAACCUACUUAGACCAUCUGGUGUUCUAGCCCUUGGCCAAAUUAUUUCCCUGGUUGGGUAUGAUGGUGCCCACAUAAGAUUUAUUCAUUUUAGUAGCUAGACUGUAAAAGAAUAUAACAAAAUAAACAAGCAAACAACAAACAAAUAAAACAAACACCAACAUUUCCUUUACGUGAUUUUUGCAGCAUUAUCAUGUGAUACGAAUAAAUGUUUAAAGAUGAUAUCUUGGGAUCACAUUUACUGUGUGUUCGAAAUUUAAUUUCCCUUGAUUUUCAGUCUGAAUAAGAACUAAUUCCUCAAAUAGCUAUCUGUUGAGGGAAAUUCCUCAAAUAGCUAUCUGUUGAGAGAAAUUCCUCAAAUAGCUAUCUGUGUACAAACUUUACAUACUGCUUGCGUACAUAAGUCUUAAAGAAAAGUGGAAUGUGGAGGAAUGGUGAGUUCCAUUGGGGGUGGGUAGUAUAAAGUUUUUUUCAAAAUCUUUUGUUAUGGGUGUUAAAUUUUCCCUUGGCCCCCUCACUUUUCAACCUUUAUCGGAGCCCAUGACAUGCAGUUGACAAUUAGACCUUCAGAUAUGGCCCUUUUCCCAUUACAACGAUAAAAAGACAUGUGAAAAGGUGAAAGAACUUUUUGGGACUUAUUGGAGGAUGAAAGUGCCACAGUUCCCCAUUCUUUCAGUGUUCUAUAUUGACAUCUCAAAGGCAAAAACUGAUGAAGCAUACCAUGUAUUUUCCAUUAUCAUUUCUAAUAAGUUCUAAACUGAGUUCUCUCACGUAGAUCCUCGAUGUCAUGAGAAAUGUUGACCGAGCCAAAGAGAAAUGCUGGAUCUGUUUAAGUCCUAACUUUGGUUUUGAAAAAAUAUCUAAAUAAUGACACAAGUGCAUUUCUCAAGCUCCAGCUUGCAUGGAGCAUUUUUAAGGACUUCAGGUUUGACGAGCUAACGAUCAAAAGGGCAAAUAAAGUCGUAUAAUGUUUUUUAUGGAACUCUUGGACGCAGUCUCUUUGAUUUUGGUAGUGAACAGCCAAAAAAUGAAAUGGUAGGCGGCAAAGAUAUAAGAUUUAUAACUCGAUAGUUUGACUGAUAAGAACUUGGUAUACCUCAAGUUCUACCUUGAUGGACUCUGUCUGAUGAAUUUAGAUAAGCGGCUUAUACCUAAAAUUCUUUAUCACUUGUAACAUUGUAGCCGUUGUUACUAUAAACACUGAAUAAUGAAAGAGGGCGUCACUCCUACUAAUCAGGGUGAUCUGUUACCAUGGUAAAAAGCUGACAUGGAAAAAGCAUUUGCUUGUCUCGUCAUCAGCCCAUUCCAGACUCUAAACUGGCACACAAGGCUUUGACCUAGCUCUAAUACAUUUCUCGUUUACCUAUGCAUCGGGGUUUAAGCUAAGGACCGCCCCAAACAAUUCCUAUACAGUGAAACGUUAUUUUAAAGGAUUUUCCACAACUUUGACACAUUAAUAUUUUUAUUAAGCAGCUGUUUGCUUGUGAUUUUCAAUCGCUACCCCUUUGUUCCUGUUGGUUUUUGGUUGCUAGCACCACAGGCCCUAAGGAUAAGCCGCCGUGCUGCGUCGUUUAAACCUCCUCUAAGUCGCGCUACCCAACUGAGUCAAACAGUCAAACGUUACGAUAGAUAGCUGUUUGCAAACCAAUUUCUUUAAAGAUCUGCAAAGACAGGAGUUAUUGCAAUGGAUAGCAGACCUAUAAUAUGUAUUACUUCAGACAAGAGCACGCCGUCUUUGAACAAAAAGCGAUCGAAGAUUCCCAUAAACAAUAGCAAAAUAGAAAAUGAUGCAAGCCAAAAUGAAAGUAAAAUCAAUUUAGCGUCAGUUCUUGAAUCUGCACUCGUGUCUAAUGAGGAGUUCGACGCAUGGCUGACAAAGAGUGAAGCCAUGCUUGGAGAUGAAGUCUCUAGCUUUGCAAUUUUCGACCUUCAAGUUAUAAUGGAUAGAAGAAAAGAACUUGAGGAGUUGUAUGAGGAGAUAGAAAAACACGAACCAAAGAAUAUGAUUUUAGCGGAAUGCCUGCAGAAAUUUUGUCAGAUGAUUCCACCGUCAGAGGAGAGGGUUGAAAAGAAGGCAAUGAUUCGUGAUACGAGAUCACGUUUAAUGAAACUGAGGUUAAAGGCCGUGGAGCAACGAGAAAUUUUUCGAACUGUCGUACCCCUGUUGUGUCAUUACAAUGAGAAUUCAGUGAAGAUACAGCCAUGGCUUGACGAAGCAGAGUCAAGGUCAUCGCCAUUUCUUGAGAAAUAUGGCGACGACGUUGUUUUGUUAGAAAGUGCCGAUGCAAUAGAGUCGCUGCUACGAGACCUCUUAGAGCAGAAGCCAACAUACGAAGCGUGUCUGACGUAUGGUGAACUGGCUUUGCACACGACAGGGAAACCGUUUGUAGGACUUAAGGAUGAUCUUGAAAAAACAAUCGAGAGAUGGGAUACGCUGUGUGUCAAGUUAGAGAAAUGUUUAAAUAGGCUUGAUGUAGCAAGGAAAAUUGACGAGCAAAAUCAAAAGAAUGAAGCAGAAAGAAUUGACAGACAGAUUCGCAGAGAAGCUCACAAAUGCAAUUGUCAUAAACCUUUUCAAAUCGUGCGUGUGUCUGAAGGAAAAUACACGUUUGGAAAUUCAAAGAUAAUUCGUCUUGUGAGAAUUCAUGGUUCUAGCAUUGUUGUUCGAGUUGGAGGAGGUUGGGAAUUCUUGUACGAGUUUCUGAUGAGAUGUGACCCUUGUAGAGCCAAAGAAUACUUUGAAGACGGCGUGGAAACGUUGAAGAAACUUGGAUUGAAGCCAAUUGAUGAGCGUAGGCACUCAUUUGCGUUUGAAUCAAGAAGGGUUUACCAUGCUGGGAUAUCUUCGUUAGCAAGAGGACAUUCGUUUCACAAAUUAGCUAACAAUGGAUGCGAAGGGGAUCAUGAAUGUGGUAGCCUCGGUUCUAGUUUUGAUAGCCUCGAUGGCGCGUCCUCUACCAGCGAUGCUGGACAUACCUGCAAUACAAGAACCCCUGAUCUGAAAGGAAGCCACAAGGAGCAGCUGCGAAGAAAAAUCUCUGGUACAAAAGUUUCAAGGACAGCUGAAAAACCAAAGGGUUCUCCGGCGGUAACUUUAAGACCGAAAAGCUCUACACCAACAUGUACAGGAAGGCCAGUGCGCAAAAGCCUAGUUGAAAGGCAAGGUGAUUUUUCCGAGAGAAUGAAAUUGGCGAAUGUCCAAAGAAAACUAAUGGAAUCGAGUAAUUUUUCAUAAUUUAUUACAAAUUUGCUUAUAGUCUGUGUAUAGCUUUAUAGAUUGAAAAAAGUGUGCUGAAAUUUCGAAUACAUUGUUAGAAAUAAGGAAAUGUGGAUAUCCUAGGCUUACAAAAUAUGGUAUCUGGGAAAAAAGAACCCUGUUUGAUAUCCCCUAUUCUAACAUAUGGCAUCUCAGCUGCCAUUCAAGAAUGCAUUUUUAGGAAUUUCGUUUCUCUCUUUUUGUACCCUUUGUGAUAGGCUAUCUGUCUGUCAUUCUCUUUGGCUACAUUUUAAAGGUCAUCCGAUCUUUCCUGCCGUAAAUUUCAUUAUCAUGUGCUCAAUUUCUUAUGCAACCAGUAUACGCUGUGUUUGAGUGAAAAGCCCUAAACUUUAGCUUACAGCACAGUUAUCAUGUUGAGAUAUUUUGCUGUGAUUUUCUUGCGUUUAUGGAUUGUAUUUUACAUUGUAUUAUACUUAAUAGUUUCAUAAAAAAUUCAAAGUAAAGUUAAAGUUUUAGAUAGGCAUUCAAGUUGUUCAUUUUUCUAUUCCGUAAAAGUUUUGUUGUUCCUUAUUGUGUUUUAUGUAAGAGUUAUUUUACUCUUUAUUUUAAUGGUCUUGCAUCUUAUUAAGAAACUUGUUUCAAGGGUAAGGAUAACAAUAUUUCCACAUGAAAUAACAAACAAACAACAGUAAAUAUUUUAUUAUUUUUUAUUUCAAUUUGGCCGUUAUCCUAAUGCGAUAAAUACAUUGUGUUACAAAAUUUGUUAAGAUUAAUAAUUAUUUGAGUCUCCCGGAGAACAUAGUUAUUUUAAUUACUUUAGUAAUGUGUAAGUAUGGUAUCUUUGUUUAAAAGAACAUACUCUAAUAGAUGCUUGGUGUUUUGGAAGUUGCUUGGUGUGUUCUGUUUCAUUCUAAUACACGUAAAGUCUAAAGUAAUUGUUACUGAGUUGUAACUUGUCGAUUCCGUAGUUUUUAAUACUUCUUGACGUAUGAUUGGUUAGCAUUUAGUUUACGUAUAUCUUCCACUAUUUCAGAAAUACGUUAGAAUAUUUGAAAAAUCUUAUAUUUUUCAUUAUUGAAUUGACACCAAUACAUUCAUUAUUUGAUAUUCAAUUAAUUGUUAUUAUUUCAAUAAUUUAAUAGAAUUCAAGAUUAUUAUUUAUUAUAGCUGUAAAAUUAUCUUUAGAAAUUCGGAGGAAAUCUUUA